AUGCGCCCACGGCCCGCGUCUUCUCUGCAGAAGACGUACGAUGAAUGCUAUCUCGCGUGCUCGACUGCCGUCUACUUUGAGGGCCAGAACAACGAAGAGGAAGCAUUGAGGUCCUGGAGAUCCGCCCUCGAGACCAUUUAUCAUCACAAUGCCCGCCGAGUACCGCCGAAUUAUACCCCGAAGUCCGAAACCGAGAAGGCGCUGCAGGAUUCUAUCCGGGCGCUUGAGGUCCAAUGCCGCGAACGAGUCGACCUGCUCCAGGCCCUGCGUGACAGUCGGAAAGAGUCCGCUGAGGCUAAUGGGACCAAAGAGCCUGCAACGCUAGUCAAGGGGAAAUAUGUGGCCGCCAUGAACGCAUCUGCCUCCUCGUCCAAUAAUCAUCCCGGCUGGAUCGGAGACGGUACUAUCCCCGUCGUCGGCUACACGGAUCUGUCGAAACCGGCUACCAUCCCAGGUCGACCCCCAGCUUCCCCGAUGGCGAGACAUAAUCUGGAGCCGUCCUCUCUGAACGAUGAAUUAGCUCCCCCUGGUCUGUCGCCGGCUGGGUCGCCUGCGCUGCGAGUCAAUUCUAAUUCCUCGGGCAAGACGAAAUCCCGUGGUUCCAGUCCAGAACGUCGGAAAACGAUGUUGACGACGCUGCGGAACACAGAUGGGAAGAAGUCCGGGAAGAAAUCCAAGAUCAGCCCCAAGAAAAAGGAGAAGGAGUUGCGGCCGGCCGCCUCCAAGGCAGCAGGCCUCGCAUGGGGCAAUAUUUAUCGGUCUCCGUCAAUCGAGAAGACGGCGAGCGAAGCGGCGCUGGCUUCGUCUCGGCAUAGCGCUGCCAACGAUCCCAGUCUCCGGCGUGAUCCCGAUCCAAGGACCAGCUCUGGAGAUGAACCCUCUUCAGCGAGAAAGAUCCGACCGAGAGUGGAUUCGUCCGCGGACCGUAUCCCGGCCACGAAUUGGCGAGAGCCUCAGCCUUCUUCGCCAGUUCAGUCAUCACAUAGAACAUCUGCACCACCCAUCCCUCGUCCACCGCAGCCAGCAUCAGAGAGUCGGAGGCCUCUCCCAUCGGGGUCAUUAUCUAUGCCAGAUCCGAAAGACUUCGCCGCGCCCACCUCCUCACCUGGUCCUAAACCGUCUAUCAAACCUAAGCCUGUGGGACUCCGGAAUUCACUCCCGCCCCCUCCCCGUGUCACACAAGUGACCAACAAGUCCGCACCGCGGGCUUCUCAGAUUAACCAGUCUUCCUACGGUUCGCCUUCGUCAGGCAGUGAUGAUAUUCAGCGUGGGAUCUAUGGGAUGUCGAUUUCCGCCCCAAAUGGCAGCAAUUCCACUCGACGAAAGCCCACUCCACCCAAACGUCGGGAGACGCCCCCAUCAAGCGACCAGGAAUCUUGGGAGCAACACUCCUCAGAAGGUGAGGCAGAAGACGAGGAUGAAGAGAACAACAAUGAUAUUACGAAAAUUCUCAGUAAGCUACCAAAGGGUGUAGACCUGCAAUCAGCCCGACAAAUCUUGAACGAUAUUGUGGUACGCGGCGAUGAGGUACACUGGGACGACAUCGCCGGCUUGGAGGGUGCCAAGAAAGCUCUCAAGGAAGCCGUCGUUUAUCCUUUUCUUCGACCUGAUUUGUUCUCUGGCCUUCGCGAACCUGCGCGUGGCAUGCUUCUAUUCGGCCCUCCAGGCACAGGAAAGACCAUGCUCGCCCGUGCUGUAGCCACCGAGUCCAAAUCCACCUUUUUCUCAGUGUCCUCAUCCAGUUUGACGUCUAAAUGGCACGGUGAGAGCGAAAAGCUUGUCCGCGCCUUAUUCGGCCUUGCCAAAGUCCUGGCUCCCUCUAUCAUCUUUGUCGAUGAAAUCGAUUCUUUACUCUCUGCGCGGUCUUCGGGCUCCGAGCACGAGGCUUCUCGUCGAUCAAAGACGGAGUUCUUGAUUCAAUGGUCUGAUCUCCAACGUGCCGCUGCUGGUCGCGAGCAGUCCGCCCGCGAUAAGAAGGAGGGUGACGCGAGUCGGGUCCUUGUCCUUGCUGCCACCAACAUGCCAUGGGAUAUCGAUGAGGCUGCGCGCCGUCGCUUUGUCCGGAGACAGUACAUUCCGUUGCCUGAACACCAUGUUCGUGAGCAGCAGCUGGCCAGACUGCUUAGCCAUCAGCACCACGAACUCAGCGACGAGGACAUCCAGGUUCUGGUUCAUGUUACAGAAGGUUUCUCUGGUUCCGAUAUUACAGCCCUCGCUAAAGAUGCCGCCAUGGGCCCGCUUCGCAACCUUGGCGAGGCCCUCCUCCACACCCCCAUGGAUCAAAUCCGUGCAAUAAAGUUCGAAGACUUUGAAGCCAGUCUCUACUCCAUUCGACCCAGCGUCUCUCCAGACGGGUUACGGAAGUACGAAGAGUGGGCCCGCGAGUUUGGUGAGAGAGGCGGAUAG